AUGUCCGCUUCGUCUGCGCUCAAGUUCAUCCCCCGCCGCUCGGGGAGCCGUGGAUGGGCAGACCACUCGUGGCUCAAGACCUACCACACCUUUAACUUUGCCUCGUACUACGACCCCAACUACGAGUCGUGGGGUCCCCUCCGUGUCAUCAACGAGGACCGCGUCGAUGCAGGAACCGGUUUCGGUCUCCACCGUCACCGCGAGUUCCAGAUCUGGUCGUACAUCGUCGAUGGCGAGCUCGAGCACAAGGACUCGCUCGGCAACACCGAGAUCAUGAAGCGCGGCGACGUCCAGAUGACGUCAACCGGCACUGGUAUCGCCCACUCGGAGUACAACCGCAACAAGAAGCAGCAGGUCCACUUCUUGCAGAUCUGGGCCCUGCCAAACAAGUCUGGUUUGUCGCCAACUUACUACAACCGCCACUUUACCGACGAGGAGAAGCGCGACAAGCUCGUCAAGGUCGUCGCGCCUGCUGGCUCCGAAGGAUGCAGUGACGAGCGCAACGCAUCCGGCCCGACUCCUGUCCACGCCGCGUUGACGAUGUACGCCUCGAUCCUGUCGCCCAAGUCGACCCUCAAACACACGCUCGCACCGACGACGACCAAAGCCCUCGUGCACAACAUCAUGCGGUCGGGGUACCGCUCUCCGUCGACUGCCGCGAGCGACAAGUACGAGGACGGCGGCGCGAUGGUGCAGCUCAACAGCGGGCUCAUCCUCGAGGAAGGCGACGGCGCGUUCAUCCAGGUCAACAAGACGUCGGACGGCAGUCGCGAGAUCGAGUUCAAGAAUGUCGGCGAGCGCGACGCAGAGUUCCUCGUCUUCGAGAUGGAGGACUAA